CGGGGUAGUAAACGGAACGUUGAGCUAGUGGCCUGCAUAAGGCUAGAAAUUUGAGAUAAAAAAGUAAAACGGCCGUCCUGUUUUAAAAUUAGCCGAAUUUGUGCAUUAAAAUCGCCAUUUUCCCGACUUUUGACUUUGGGGGAAAUUGCGACAUCCAACAGCCGAAUUUGUUGGAAAAACAGUCUCGCACAAAUAGACAAACAAGUCGUACAUGUAACAGAACGUCUUGUGCUCGAAAUUAAACAAAUAGUACAAAGCGGAAGGAAUACUACAAAACCACUUUUGCUACACACUCAAAGUGGCAUAGGAUCAAAAAACACCGUUGUAAGCCAUCAUGUUAAACUUGUAAAAGAAGGAUAAACACACUUUCUAGACAUGGAAAAUAUGCAAGAGCCCUCACAGGCGAUCAAACCAGAAGGAGAAACUUCCUCCGGCCAACAAAGUCUUGGAUCUUCCAAUGCAUUACAUGCUGGUCAACCUGGAGCUAUUCCAGGCACUGGAAUUCCAAACGGAGGACAGGAAGGAACCUCUGGGGAACCUAGUACAAAUCCACAAAUGUAUUAUCAAAAUCCAAUGAUGUACGCAAUGUACUCGCAAGGAGGAGGGCAAGGAACGGUGAAUGCGGCAAACAAUCCGCAAAUGAUGCGAAUGAGACAACCAGGGCUAUACUAUUAUCCAAUGGGAAUGCAAGCAGCACAGCAACAACCUCAACAGCAAGGUGGCCAAGGAAUGCCAGCUGGCAUGCCAAAUUAUAUGAUGACCUCAAAGUUCAUGCCUCAAUAUAGCGCAUAUUUGGGUCGAAUGCAGUCUGGUGAUGUUAAAAAAGAAGAGGGAGCAGCACCGGCAGGUGCUUCAGGUCCACAGGAAGCUGGUACUGAUGUAACAGGUGGAGACAAGGAGGCAGAUAAGAAGCUUCCAAUUCGCUAUCCAAUGGGCAUGAUGCCAAUGCAACAGGGAGCUCCAGGAAUGCCUCUACCACAGGCAAAUCAGGGUAUGCCCAUGCAGCACGGAGUUGUGCCCACGCCACAGCCUAUGCAUCCUGGAGUAGGAUCUGCUGGUACUCUACAGGGUGCACCACCUGGAAUGCAAUUUCCAAUGCCACCGUAUGGCAUGCAGCCUGGAAUAGUUGGUCCAAGUGGAAUGUAUUAUGGUCCUCGUUUGAUGGUUGGUAAUGCAAUUGAUGGAAUUCCAGCCCUCAGACAUGCAAGUAGUCAGUUCAAGAGUGUACAUCAAAUGCUUGAUGCACUUGCUACACAACCACGCAAGAAGAAGAAACCACAGCGUUCCCGUGAGGUCAAAAAUGAGGAUCCAGAUUUUAAAAAUGUACUCCAAGAGUACUUUUCAGCUGAUGGUUCAGACGAUGCAAGCGAUGAUGAAUACGUUUUAGGAAGAGGUGUAAAGAGUUUGGAAAUGAAUGGGAUUAGGAGGAGUGGUAGAACACGCACAAAAAAUCAAAGGUAUGAUGAGUAUGCUGAGUCUGACGCAGAUACCUUUGAAGAACCCACUGUAAAGGUAAAUGUAACUGGCCCUCGACGCAAGCGAGGCCCAGCAUUGGGCACUCAGAACCGACGUCCAGUUAAACCUGCACCAAAUCCGUAUGCACGCACAAAUUAUGUGACAUAUGAUAGCUCAGAUGAAGGCUCACAAUAUUCCGCUGGACGCAAAGAUGAUGAAAACUUUGAAGGAUAUAAUAAGGAUGAAUAUGAUAUGGUAGUCUCUGGCUUAUCCCUAAGACACCGCAAGCAGCGUAUUAAUUAUGCAGAAAUGGAAAAUGAAGAGUACUCUGAUGCCGGUUCUGUGGAAGAAUCCGCUGAACAAAAGGAAUCAACUGGUGGUAUUGACAGAAUUAUCAACCACAGAGUUAAUGAUGAGGGUGAGACAGAGUACCUAAUUAAAUGGCAAGGUUUCGCACAUAUCCAUAAUACAUGGGAUUCCUAUGAGAAUUUGAAGGAAUACAACGGCAUUAGGAGGUUAGAUAACUACAUUAAGAGGCUCAAGAAUCAGGAAGAUAGGCAACGGUACAUGAGUUUGGAUGAAAUUGAACAAGAAAAUAUCGCUGCUGGUUUGCAGAGACAAAUCGAUGAAGAUGCAUUACAAGCAGAAAGACUCAUUGUGCACUACAAGGAUGAAGAGACAGGAAAGUUAGUCUAUCUUGUAAAGUGGCGCAGUUGCCCAUAUGACCAGUGCACUGAAGAAGAAGAGGAUGUGCUCAGGGAACAUGGAUUCAGUGAUUUAAUUGAUGCGUAUCACAAGCGUGAAGACAGAAUUUGUGGAGAUGCUGCCAGGAGUAUCCCAUGGAAUACACACUCUAUUAGUUUGACAAAGUUUGAGCCUUAUCUUCAGACGCCACCUUAUCUAUGCAACCCAGACUAUUUGGAGCAGCUUGGAUACAUUCGCAGACCCGGUCCUGUGAAGGUUGAAGGAGCGCCUGGUGAUGGAAUGGUUAAACCGGAAGAAGUAAAGGGAGAGGUACCAGUACCAGGAAGAAAGCUCCGCGAUUACCAGUUGACUGGUCUCAACUGGAUGGUUAACCGCAUGAAGCGUGGUCUUAGUGUCUUGUUGGCAGACGAAAUGGGACUAGGAAAGACUGUCCAAACAAUUAGUUUGGUUGGUCAUUUCAUGUACAAGGAAUUUCUCAUUGGUCCAUAUCUUAUAAUUGUACCUCAGUCCACCAUUGACAACUGGAUGAGAGAAUUUGAGACGUGGUUGCCUCAGGCUAAUGCUGUGUGUUACUAUGGUAAUGCUAGUGCUCGUGAGAUUAUAAGACAGAGGGAACUUUGCAGAGUUUUUGUACCCGGAAAGGGUGAACGUUAUCGCUGCGAUGUUUGCAUUACGACUCCAUCGAUUAUUAAUGCCCCUGUCGACCUUGAAUUUUUGCGUAGAAUUUCAUGGCAACUUAUGGUUGUUGAUGAAGCCCACCAACUCAAGAAUAAGCAUUCAAAGCGUUUUGUAGAGUUGAUGCAGUUUAUGGCUGACUACAAGUUGUUGUUGAGUGGUACGCCUUUACAUAAUAACUUGGAAGAACUUUGGACCCUUCUUCACUUUAUCAAUCCGCAAAUAUACACUUACUAUGAAGAUUUUAGACGGAGAUAUAGUGAUGUUGAAAAUCCUGCUGCCAUUGGAGAGAAUAAGCAAAAGCAGCUAUUGUCACUUCAGCAGGAAUUACACGAAUUUGUCCUUCGUAGGGUCAAGAGAGAUGUUGAGAAGUCCCUUCCGAACAAAGUUGAGCGCAUUUUGCGUGUGGAACUUUCACCCAUGCAGAUUGAGUGGUACAAGAAUAUUUUGGCCAGGAAUUACGAAGAAUUGGCCAAGAAUAGUGGUGGUUCGAGGAGCUCACUACAGAACAUAUGUAUGGAACUCAAAAAGGUUUGCAAUCACCCAUUCUUGUGUUAUGAACCAGAAGAUCGGCAGCAAUGGCUCAAUGGUCUCAUUUAUGGUUCUGGAAAAAUUUGUCUCCUGGACAAGUUACUGCAGAGACUUAAAGAGAAGGGACAUCGCGUUCUCAUUUUCUCACAAAUGGUUCGCAUGUUGAAUAUAAUUUCAGAGUACUUAACUCUUAGAGGAUUUAAGCACCAGCGCCUAGAUGGCACUAUGGGCAAAGAGGUUAGAAAGAAGGCUAUGGACCACUUUAAUGAUCCAAACAGCGAUGAUUUCUGUUUCCUUCUUUCGACAAAGGCAGGUGGUCUUGGUAUUAAUCUUACCACUGCUGAUACUGUCAUUAUUUAUGACAGCGAUUGGAACCCGCAAAAUGAUUUGCAAGCGGAAGCUAGAGCACACAGAAUUGGUCAAACUAAAACUGUUCAGAUUUAUAGGCUUGUGACAAAGGAUAGUAUAGAACAGACUAUUUUGGAGAGAGCCAAAACGAAAAUGGUUCUAGACGCCCUCGUUGUUCAGGGUCUCAACAAAAAGAGUGAUGCUGUGGUAUUUCAAGAUGAUAUGGGGAAAUCAGGUUUCUCCAGAGAGGAGUUGGCAAAGAUUCUCAAAUUCGGUGCAUCUAAACUCUGGUCUACUGCCAACCCCGCCAAAGCCUCUGCCGAUGGUCUGGACAUUGAUUUGGAUAAGGUUUUGGAGGAAGCUGAGUUGACAAAGGAAAACGACAGCGAUUUAGCCGCAGACUUGUUGAGUUCCUACACGAACAUCACAGAAUUCAGAUAUGAACCACCAGAGGGCCAGAUUGAGGCAUCUUCUGAGAAUGACAAGGAGUUUUGGGAAGCAACAAUCCCUCUCGAGGAGCGUGUCAAGCUUAAGAAAAAGAAGGAAGAAGAGCUCUUGGUCAUGGGACCAAGGAGAACCAGAGCGAAGGAGGUUGGUGCCAUGGAAACUGAUGACUUUUCUGAUGAUGAGGGAGAUGCAGACUUCCAGCCACGUAGGGGCAGAAGAGCUAGCACCGAAGAAGGCGCACAAGAAGAGGUGGGAAGUCGCAAGCGUGGCCGCAAGGUUACCAAGAAGGUUGUUUUGACUGUCAAGGACCGUAUUAAAAUUCACAGAUCGCUCUGCAAGUUUGGUGUUCCAGAACUCCGUCUAAAGGAUAUUCACGCUGAUACCAAACUUACAAAGGUUGACCCUAGAGUCAUUUUGAAUGAAUGCCAAAACCUUAUUGAUAUGUGCAAGGCCAGGAUAGCUUCUGCAGAUGGGGAAGAUGAUGUAGUCGAAGAGGAGGAAGUUGAUGCCGCUCAAAACAGUACUGUGGCUGCUGCCAAGAAGAGGUCCAGGAGAUCAUCAAAGACCAUUGAACUAGGCGAAGUAAAAAUUUCACCUGCAGAUUUCUUGGAGAAGUUGACGUUAUUAGAAGCUCUAGAACAAUGGGGACGUUCCCAAGGUGGACCCAACUGGGCAAAACUUGAAAAUUCUGAGCUUACUGUCCCAUCUGAAAUCAUUGAAUACAUGAGUGAGGGUAAGGAAACGUGGACAAAUGACGACUGCAUCAACCUACUCAAGCUUGUUCAUAUUUACGGUUAUGGAUACUGGACGCUAAUGUGUGCAGAUAAGACACAUUGCGUAGGUGUUCUCAAGGAUUUGAAGCAUGAUCGAGCAAAGGCACGUGCUCUUCGCAUUCUCAAGGUGCUCUUGGAUUACAGGAGUGGACAUGUUAUUGCUAAACCAACCAAGAGAAAGAAGGCCAAGGUUCCACAAGAGGGUGAAUCUGGGCAGCCUGUAGUUGUGCCAGCCGGAGAACCCUCCGAGCCUGAUGCUAGCGGUGAUGUGGCUACUGCAGGAGACGACGAUGGAGAGUCUAGUACAAUCUCAAUUGAGGAUAUGCUAAUUUCAGGGGAGCCGUUGCACAAGGAACACUAUCCUUUGGCUGUAAAGUGGGCACUCAAGGGAUCUAGAGAUAUGCUCAAGAGGCUAAAGCAUCUAAAGGAGGAAUGCAAGGGUGAACCUCUGGAGAAUGAGCAACUCAGGGGAGAAUUGGAAAAUGCAAUUCCAGAGCUAAAUAAGCUCAUCGAAGCUGCUGUUGGCAUUUGUACAGAUGAAGGAACCGCAACCAAGCUAAAGUCUGCUUGCUGGAGAUUUAUUGCAAAGCUUGUAAAUGCCACACCUGAACAGGUUCAAGCAUUACAUGAGGGUAAUGCAGAGUCUGUCUAG